AGCAGCAGCGGUGGCAGCAACAGUAGCAGGGACAACGGCAGAAGCGGCAGAGGUGACGUGCGUGAUCGUUCCCCGGUUCGACAGCAGCACGGGGCCGCGCCGGCUGGGCCCAGCAGCGGUGGGUCUGCCCCGCGGAGGUCGGCAGAGGCGUGGGCGGCUAUGGACCCGGAGUACGCCCGCGAGCUGUGGAUGUACGAGAAGGAGCGAGAAAGGGAGCGGAUGAAGAAGGAGGCCCUCGAGGCCGUUUUGGUAGACAUUUCUGACGGUGCUCUCAGUCGGUCAAGCGUGGAGGCCACUGAGAAAGAAUCCAAGAAGGCGGAGGAGAUGAGUGAGCUAGGCUUGCGAAUACUGGACCGUUUAAAGGCGCUGCGACAAAAGCACAUUGAAGGCGACGGGCCAAAUGGCAGUGCAACGAAAGCAGAACAUAAAACUGAUGAGCAUCCUACAGAACCUCAAACCAGUCGUUCCACAGGUGGCGAGCUGUACUCCUCCUACCUGAACCUGAACUCCAAGACCCCGGUGAUGGCGCUUCAUGAGUACUGUGCGGCGCGCCAGUGGAAGGCACCCGUCUUCCACAUCACAGAGACGCCCGGCGACAAGAAGCAGCAGCACUUCUACCGAGGCGCUGUCAGGGUCAACGGCAAGAUGAACACGGCCAACGAACCAAUGCGCAGCAAGAAGGAGGCCAAGCACGAGGCUGCGCUGGUGUGUUUGCAACGGCUGGGCCUGAGGAGUGCGCACCCCACUCGGCAGCAAGAGCAGAGUGAUACGGAGGAACGAGUGAGCGUCAUCAGCUUGCCAUAACUGAUCCCGUGAUCCAGUCACCCAGUGGGCGCCGGAAGCGGAAGUUGGACAAGGAGGCCUGCGGCGCACAUUCUGACGUGCAUGCGCAGUGGGUCGAGACAUGUCGCGACGUGUCCGGUGUGUGGCUGGCGGACCGACGGUCCCCGUCUUGUUGUUGCAAUGUGUGCUGCUGUUGUAAACGCAUUUGCUUCGUCCAGGGGGUUGGCUGUUAAGACCCGACGUGCCCCGGCGUUUGAGAUGGUGUCAUUACCGAUGCAAACGAGCCGUCCGAAGAAAUGACGCGUCGAGCUGACGACAAGGCAUGGGCAUCUGCAUUUGGAAGGGAAAGAAACAUGCCGACGACA